AUGUUACAAUCGACAGUACCAUCACCAGAGACCACGACCGCCUUCAAGCAACAAUGGUCGGUGACGCGCCCUCCAAGACCAGCAGCGCGUGCGAACACGCAGUUACCAGGUCUUCUCGUACCUGACACGUACGUCUAUCGGGAAGGUCGGGAAGAGCCCAUGUCAUCCAUCACUGUGUUCAAAGACCCACCGGAGCCGCUAAAAAUACCAGAACCCCUUCACAUACUAUCGUCUACCAUGAAGAAGCCUGCUCCGGAACCACCUGUCAUGGCACCCGAUGCCCCACCCAUACCACCUCUAGGGCCGUCGGACGCCCACCACUUGAAUAGUGGCGAGUCCCUAAAUGAAGCCGAGGUGUCUGCCAAAGUUAUCAUCGAAGACCGGUCACAAGAGCCCAAGUCCACCGGUGGUUCGGAUGGUGACAUAAGCUCACCUGACCUGGGCAGCUCUGCGGGACGAGACCUUAGGGUGGACGUAAACCCUGCCUUGCACCUGAAGCCUGCCUAUGAGGCCACGGUGCUUAUCUUUUCUCAACAUGAAAUGUCACGGCCCUCAACCUUAUGGUGCAAAAGACCUCCGACUGCACGUUCAGGAGUGCGACAGGACGAUCGUCGGAGGGACCUUCGUCCAGCAGCGACUAUUCACUGCUACCCGCUAGUUGCGCCUUCUGCAGAGCACGUUGAAUUGCAGCGUGGCCGAGACCUGCGGCCGCAACGAGGCAGCCAAUGUCGGCCACCUGAGUCAUCGAUACUACAGCCACACACGCCGCGGCACGAACAAGAGAGACCACCCAGGCACAGCCAGUACCGCCCGCCAGAGACGUUUUCGCUAAAGAUGGCGCUUCAGGGUCCAGGGCCUGUGGUCCUGCGACGACCAACGCGGCACAGCCAGUGUCGCCCGCCUGAAAUAUCUGCACUUCACCCAACACAGUCGCACAAGUACGGAGACCUGCAAAGACCGGCAAGAAACAGCCAAUUCCGCCCUCCAGAGACAUUUCCGCAGCCCGACUGCCAUGCAAUGCCGCAGCGUGGCCGAGUGUAA